GCCCCGCGACGCUUCCUGAUUGGCUGCCGGGCUCCGCCAAUCAGCGCGCGCGGCGUUCCCGCCGUUGCUGUGGGGACGGCGCGGCCGCCGGAGGGGGCGGAGCGGCCCUGAUGGGGAUCCAUGCAAAUUUAUGUAAAUGAGCGGCGGGAGCACCGCCCUGAAUAUUCAUGAGGCGCUGAGGGAGGCCGCAGACCCGCCCGGGUGUCGGCCCCGCCCGGCCGGCCAUGCCCGGGGCCGCGGUGUCGCCGGUGUCGCCGGUGUCGCGCGCGGCGCUGCCGCUGUUCCCGGCGCUGCCGGCGGGGCUGCUGUGCCUGCCGGGGCUGCUCUUCUUCCCGGGGCUCUUCCUGCUGGCCCGCCGCGCGCUGGCCUCCAUCGCCGGCUGUCCCCAGAGCCGCGCCACCGUGCUGGCCGCCAGGCUGGUGUCCUCGGUGCAGGCCGUGAUGGCCUCCACGGCCGGGUACAUCAUCUCCAGCUCCUGCCAGCACGUCAUCGAUGACCAGCACUGGCUGGCCGCCGCCUACCCGCCCUUCGCCGUGCCCUACUUCGUGUACGACGUGUACGCCAUGUACCUGUGCCACCUGCAGCGCGCCCAGGUGAAGGGGCACGGGCAGGGCGGCCCCGCCCCGCGCGCCGCCGCCGCCUUCCUGCGCCAGGAGCUGCUCAUGGUGCUGCACCACGCGGCCAUGGUGCUCGUCUGCUUCCCCGUGGCCACCCUGUGGCGGCAGGGCAAGGGCGAUUUCUUCCUGGGCUGUCUCCUGAUGGCCGAGCUGAGCACGCCCUUCGUGUGCCUGGGCAAGGUCCUCAUCCUGCUGCGGCGGCAGCACACGGCGCUGCACAAGCUCAACGGGCUGGCGCUGCUGGUGACCUUCCUGGGCUGCCGCGUGCUGCUCUUCCCCUACCUGUACUGGGCCUACGGGCGGCAGCGCGGGCUGGCGCUGCUGCGCGUGCCGGCCGCGCUGCCCCCGGCCUACAACGCCGCCGCCGCCGCGCUGGCGGCGCCGCAGCUCUACUGGUUCGGCCUCAUCUGCCGCGGCGCCUGGCGGCUCUUCCGGCCCGCGGGGACCCCGCCCCGGCCGCCCUGAGGGGACGAGC